AAAAGUCUAGAGAGCGAAAGUGAGGAGAGAGAAAAAAGACAUCUUCUCUUCGCGGGCUCAUCACUGACACCAAUCUACAGCCAAGGCAGGCAAAAACCCUAAACAACCGCAGCUGGUUGCGAUGGCCGAGUCGACUCAGUUACAGCAAGCCCAACUGGCGACGAUUCUCGGUCCCGACCCGGCCCCUUUCCAAACCCUGAUCUCCCACCUCAUGUCUUCCGCCAACGAUCAGCGCUCCCAGGCGGAGCUCCUCUUCAACCUCUGCAAGCAGACCGAUCCCGACUCCCUCUCCCUCAAGCUCGCCCACCUCAUCCAGUUCUCCCCCGCCGCCGAGGCCCGCGCCAUGUCCGCGAUUCUCCUCCGCAAGCAGCUCACCCGCAACGACUCGUAUCUCUGGCCCCGAUUGAAUCCGACGACCCAAUCAACGCUGAAGACGAUUCUGCUGACGUGUAUUCAGCAGGAGGGCACGAAAUCCAUCUCCAAGAAGCUCUGCGAUACGAUUUCCGAGCUCGCCUCUGGGAUUUUACCCGAUAACGGAUGGCCGGAGCUGCUGCCGUUUAUGUUCCAGUGCGUCUCGUCUGAUUCGCCAAAGCUUCAAGAAGCGGCGUUCUUGAUAUUCGCUCAGUUAUCGCAGUACAUCGGCGACAUCAUGGUGCCGCACAUAAAAGAAUUGCACGCCGUGUUCUUGCAUAGCCUGGGGAAUUCGCCGAGCCCCGACGUGAAGAUCGCGGCUUUGAACGCCGUCAUCAAUUUCAUUCAGUGUUUGACCAGCUCUGCGGAUAGGGAUAGGUUUCAGGACCUGUUGCCGGCGAUGAUGAAGACGUUGAUGGAGGCUCUGAACAACGGGAACGAAGCCACCGCGCAGGACGCUCUUGAAUUGUUGAUUGAAUUGGCUGGGACUGAGCCGAGGUUCCUAAGGCGGCAGAUUGUGGAAGUCGUUGGCGCAAUGUUACAGAUUGCUGAGGCCGAUUCCUUGGAAGAAUCAACAAGGCACUUGGCCAUUGAGUUCGUCAUCACUCUGGCUGAGGCCAGAGAGCGUGCUCCUGGCAUGAUGAGGAAGUUGCCGCAGUUUAUAAGCCGAUUGUUUGCCAUUUUAAUGAAAAUGCUUCUGGAUAUUGAGGACGAACCGGCAUGGCAUGCGGCAGAGAGUGAAGAUGAGGAUGCCGGUGAGACCACUAAUUACAGUGUUGGUCAAGAGUGUUUGGAUCGGCUUUCGAUUUCCCUUGGUGGGAAUACCAUAGUUCCAGUAGCUUCUGAGCAAUUGCCUGCAUAUUUGGUUGCCCCUGAGUGGCAGAAGCACCAUGCUGCAUUGAUUGCCCUUGCUCAGAUUGCUGAGGGUUGUGCUAAGGUAAUGAUUAAAAAUUUGGAGCAAGUGGUAGCAAUGGUCUUGAACUCUUUUCAAGAUCCACAUCCUCGUGUAAGGUGGGCAGCGAUUAAUGCAAUUGGGCAGUUGUCUACUGAUUUGGGCCCAGAUCUGCAAGUUCAAUAUCACCAAAGUGUGCUCCCAGCAUUGGCUGGAGCUAUGGAUGAUUUUCAGAACCCUCGUGUUCAGGCACAUGCUGCUUCGGCUGUGCUGAAUUUCAGUGAGAAUUGCACUCCGGAUAUUUUAACACCGUAUUUGGAUGGAGUAGUGAGCAAAUUGCUUGUACUUCUGCAGAACGGAAAACAAAUGGUGCAAGAGGGUGCCUUGACUGCUUUGGCAUCCGUUGCUGAUUCAUCUCAGGAGCAUUUUCAAAAAUAUUAUGAUGCAGUUAUGCCUUACCUGAAAGCUAUCUUGGUGAAUGCCACUGAUAAGUCUAAUCGCAUGCUUCGUGCCAAAUCGAUGGAGUGUAUUAGUUUGGUUGGAAUGGCAGUUGGAAAAGAGAAAUUCAGGGAAGACGCUAAGCAAGUCAUGGAAGUGCUGAUGGCUUUGCAAGGAUCUCACAUGGAGACGGAUGAUCCAACUACAAGUUACAUGUUACAAGCCUGGGCUAGACUCUGCAAGUGCUUAGGACAAGAUUUCCUCCCAUAUAUGAGUGUUGUAAUGCCUCCUUUGCUUCAGUCUGCUCAACUUAAGCCAGAUGUAACCAUCACAUCUGCAGAUGACGACAAUGAUAUUGAUGACUCUGAUGAUGAUAGUAUGGAAACAAUUACUCUUGGGGAUAAAAGGAUUGGAAUCAAGACUAGUGUCUUGGAGGAGAAAGCUACAGCUUGCAAUAUGCUGUGUUGCUAUGCUGAUGAGCUGAAAGAAGGAUUCUUUCCCUGGAUUGAUCAGGUUGCCCCCACUUUGGUUCCACUUCUUAAAUUUUAUUUCCAUGAAGAAGUUAGGAAGGCAGCUGUUUCAGCAAUGCCGGAGCUACUGCGUUCUGCAAAGUUAGCUAUAGAGAAAGGCCAAGCUCAAGGUCGUAACGAAACAUAUAUAAAGCAAUUGUCUGACUACAUUGUUCCAGCUCUUGUGGAAGCAUUACAUAAGGAACCUGAUACUGAAAUCUGUGCAAAUAUAUUGGAUGCAUUAAAUGAAUGCUUACAGGUUUGUCAUUUUUCUUUAAGAAAUUGUAUGAAUUUUCCAUUGUGGCCCUGUUUAUUUUACUUUUUGCACUUACUCCGCACCAACCGACCAAUUCAGUAGUGCUGGAAUUGCUAUAUUUUUCCCUGCAAGGAAGUUGUCAAUACACUUAUGAUUAGAAAUGUUAAUUGGAUACUGGAUACUAGUCACAUUCCA